AUGCAAAAGUUUCAGGACCCACAAACGAUUUACAGACCUACAGAUAUCAUCAAUGACAACCGUAGGGAGUAUAGGGUGGUCAUGAGCUACCAGAAGGCCUGGAAGGCUAAAGAAUGUGCAUUGAAGAAUUUAAUGGGUUCGACCGAGGAGAGUUAUGUCAAAUUGGCCAAGUAUUGCCACAACAUGGGGAGAACUAAUUCUAACUCGGCAUUUUUUAUUGAGACCGAUGGGCAGAAUCACUUCAAGUAUUUAUUUAUGGCUCUUCAACAAUGCAUUAGAGGUUUUCAAAAUACGAUGCGACCUUUAAUUCUAGUUGAUGGUAGAGCCCUAAAAGCUAGAUAUGAAGGGAAGUUGACUGUUGCUACAUAUCAAGAUGUCAACAUUCAAAUUUAUCCUCUUACAUUUGGCAUUAUUGAUGGAGAGAUUGAUCUAGCAAUGCGUUGGUUCUUCACGAAGCUAAGAGAAGUAAUUGGGGACAUUGAGAACCUUGCAUAUGUGACUGACCAGGGUUAUUACUUGUACCACAUUCAAGGCAACCUGAAGACUAAGUAUCGAGACAGUGGCAUCGUUGCAUUGUUUAGGAAAGCUGUAGAAGCUUAUAGCUUUGAAGAGUUUGUGAAGUUCAUGAGUGAAAUAGAACAUAAAUUACAAAGUGCAUGGGAAUAUCUAUUAGAUAUGGGGGUCGAACAUUGGGCACGGUCACAUUUUACAAGACAUUGA